GCCAUGGGGAGCCGCUUCUCCAGCAUCCCCGCGCUGCCCCGCGGCGGCCAGAGCCGCCUGCACCGCGCCCGCCACCACCGCCUCAAAGCAAUCUCUUGGUUGAGGCAGUGAACCAAGAAGUCAAUUAUUCACAGAGCUGUAGCAAGAUUAAGAAGUGCUGAGACCUCAGCGCACAGACAUCCUAAGCAAAUAAUCCUUACAACACAGGCAAGAGAAAAUCUUAUUUCCCUUUUUUUCCGGUGGCAGAAUCGAGGCAGUGGGAUGGCAGGAUUUGCCCAACACCAUGAUUCCAUUGGUGGGUCGUUUUCAACUUCCUCCCACCGCUGCCACCACAAGCAGAAGCACUGUCUCCCCAUCCCACAAUGUGGAACUCUGUCCAUCAGCCCUCUGCUUUUCCAUCCUCACACCAAGGGAUCCCAGAUCAUCAUGGACACAACACAGAAGGCGGUGAAGCGCCAGGCUAGCUUCUGCAAUGCCAUUACCUUCAGCAACAGGCCCAUUGUUAUUUAUGAACAAGUCAGGCUUAAGAUCACUAAAAAGCAGUGUUGCUGGAGUGGGGCUCUUCGACUCGGCUUUACUUCCAAGGAUCCGUCGAGGAUUAACCCUGACACUCUGCCAAAGUAUGCGUGCCCUGACUUGGUUUCCCAAAGCGGGUUUUGGGCCAAGGCUCUGCCGGAAGAGUUUGCAAACGAGGGGAACAUCAUAGCCUUCUGGGUGGACAAGAAGGGACGGGUUUUCUACCGGGUGAAUGACUCCGCUGCGAUGCUCUUCUUCAGCGGCGUGAGGACGGCAGAGCCCCUCUGGGCCUUGAUCGACGUCUAUGGGCUCACCCGUGGAGUGCAGCUCUUAGACAGUGAAAUCAUCCCCCCCGACUGCCUGCGGCCCCGCUCCUUCACGGCCAUCCGCCGGCCCUCGCUGCGGCGGGACACGGAGGACACGCGCCUCUCGGUCAGCCUGUGUGACCUCAACCUGCAGGAGGACACCUUCCACGUGACGGCCACCACCUGCCCCAUCCCGCAGAACUCCCUCAACUCCCAGCACUCCCACCUCCUCCCGUCCCAGCUGGAGAGCGACCUCCGCUUCCACCACCUCCGGGGACCCCACGUCAAAAUCCUCGAUGACCAGACCGUGGCCCGCCUGGAGCACGCCCGGGAGGAGAGGACUUUGGUGUUCACCAGCAGACCCCUUCGGAUCAAUGAAACCAUUUUCGUCAAAAUCAACAAGUCCAACGCUGUGCGCACAGGGACGCUCUCCUACGGGGUGACGUCCUGCGACCCCAGCACCCUGCGCCCCAGUGACCUCCCCUAUAACCCCGAAUCCCUGGUCGACCGAAAGGAGUUCUGGGCCAUCUGCCGAGUGGUGGUGGCCCUCCAGAGCGGAGACAUCCUGGGAUUUAUGGUGAAUUCUGAUGGUGAGCUGCACUUGAGCCACAACGGGGCCGGCGUUGGCAUGCAGGUCUGCGCGGACUGUUCCCAGCCCCUCUGGAUGUUCUUCGUUUUACAUGGCGCCAUCAUGCAAAUUCGAUUGCUGGGUUCCACCGUAUUAGCAGAGCGGCUGGGAUUAUCGACACCGAGCUCGCCCACAUCGACACCCAAUUCCCCCACCGUCCUCUGCAGUGGUGUCUCUGGCCCCUUACUGUCUACGUGUGGCUCUGGCCCCCUCUGCAGCUCUAUCAGUGGCACAGCUCCCAACUCUCCAGGCAGCUUGCCUGAGUCACCCAUCUCCCCGUCCGUCUCAGGGCCCUGGGGAGAUGAAUGCACCAUCUGCUAUGAGAAUAUGGUAGACACAGUCAUUUACUCAUGUGGACACAUGUGUCUCUGCUAUUCUUGUGGGCUGAAGCUCAAGAAGAUGGCCAAUGCCUGCUGCCCCAUUUGCAGACGGGCCAUCAAAGAUAUCAUCAAAACAUACCGCAGCACUUAGAGCAGCAGCAGAUGCCGUGGUGGGGACUGGCACGUGGGGAGGAGGCUGUGAAACAACACAGGCCUUGGUCUUUAUUCAUCACCCAGGAGAUUCAAAACCCAUCACCCAGCACCACCCUCACCUCCUCUUCCAUGGACAACAGAUGACACAAGCUUAGAUGCUGCUCUUCUACCCCCCAAGCAAGCCCUGGGGCUGAACUCCAGUGUCAGGGAAUUUGCGAUGGACUACUGUCCCUUGUGGAUUUUAAACUUUAUCUCAAAAAAUGCCAGCUGGUGCAAUCAUCCCUUUCUACACCAUGCACAGCAGAGGGGAGUCUCCACUCUUUAGCAUAGACAGCAGGUGGUAAAAGGUUCAGUGCUACACAUCUCCUUCCAGAGGCACCCCACAUGCAGAGACAGCUUAGCAGAAGAGAAGAAAUGAGCAACGUGUUUCUGUGUACAACCAGCCUGACCAGAGGAGGCUCCUUAGAAAGGAUAGAGCAAGGCAAGCAUUGACCCAGCAAGGGAGGAGCAGUGAGCACACUCACAGCAGAGAGGCUGGAGCCAGUGCAGAAAAGAACCCAAGAUUUGUGAAGCAACACCCACCCUAUAUCUGCAGACAGAAGAGCAGACCCAUGGCAGCCCCUUGAGGGCUGUCCCCAACUCCUCCAUUGCCAUUCUCUGACAGAGGUUUUCAUGGUGGUUUUGGCAACAAACACCGGCGACAGCUCUGCUCCCUCCCAGCAGCAUCAGCCACCUCCUGUCACCACCCCGUCGCAUGAGGAGCGGCUCCCGAACCCCACCACCACCAACCUGUGUGUGGGCUCCACGCAGCACAAGGGAUUCAGCAGCAUCUCUGCUCCUGUGGGCCUGUGGGAGAGGGAGAUACAGCUCCCUCACCUUUCUCCCCCUGCCAUCCAACAGCACUUGUGAGGAAAAUCCCCAGCCUCACCGGGGAAGAAUGUAUAAACCCACACAUCUGUGGGUUACCUUUACUGGUAACUUUAUCACUGUGCUUUAAGACGAAACCAGCCAGGUGGUACUCAGCUCUUCACAGCCACACCGGCAGGACAUGGCUGUCCUUAUGUGCUAGGAAGUAAGGAAUGAGAGAAAAAUAACUUGAGUAGUUUGGUUUGCUUUGGUUUAUUAAACAAAUCUCCUCCUCUCCUGCCUGAGUCAGGAACCCAGCUGAGCCCAGCAGGGACAAUGGUGGCCCCCAUGGUUCCCAUGCAAACAACUGCUGCUCUGCCAUGGCCACAGGUGUGACCCAGGACUGCUGGCCCUUGGGCCUGGGCUGUGUGGCUUGGCAGCAGCAGGAGCUGUCUGCCUCCCCAACCCAUCCUGCUGCCUUCCCAGGCUGCAGGGGAGGGAAGGACUGUGUCUGGGUCCUGAGUGGGGGUCAGGGCUAGGGUGCCAUGGCAGUGGAGUUUGCCCCCACCACAUGACCCAUCUGACCAGACCAGGGAAGGCCACUGAGUCACACCCUUCCUGCUGAGCUUUUCCUUGCACCCAAGCAUUUGGCCAUUGAUGGGAUAGGGGGGAACGGUGUAGGGAUAACACUAUUUAUGCACUUGCUGCAGGGAACAUCAUGUCCUCCCCCACCCCCCAGCAGCAGGUGGGUUUUCACCACCCACACUGGCAGAGGCUGAUCCUAAAAACACCUGGAAAACACAUCCUUGCUCUGUCUCUCAAGGAGAUGCAAAAAGAGACUACUCGCAGGGGAGCACAUUGUAGAGCCUUUCUCUGAAGGUGCCACCAUCACUGCAGCCUACCCAGGGGCCUGCAGCUCCCCCCAGCCUGCCCUGCAGGCAGCACUAACUUGAAUGCUGAUACUCUGGGUGACAGGGAUUUGUGUUAUUACCUGGCAUUACCUCUGAUGUACAACCCAAGCCCAGCCCUGUCCCCCGGGCCAGCUGUCAAAAGCUCCAGGGCUCAUGGCUCCCAUUCCCAGAUGCCCUCACUGAAGGGCAGGAGGAGGCCGGAUGGCACAACCUGGGGGAAGUCAGAGUGGCCCUGCAAGGAGCAUGGCUGGUCCUCAGGCGCACAGCCAGCUCCAACUGUGACCAGCACACACAGGGAGCCUUUUUCAGUAGUUACACAAACUCCAGUGCAAAGAUUUCAAAAAGGAGGAACCCAAGGGGUAAGAAGGUGUUGAUGAAAUAGUGGAUGUGGGGAAACGUGCAAUAAGCAGCCUCCCGAGCCUUCACCACACUAGUGGGACCCACUCCAUGCAGGGAAAGCCAAGGGGUAAAUUUUAUUUUUCACGAAAUUCCAUCCAUGGGUACCAGUGCAGUGGUGUAAAUUCCCUUUUCACCUUUUGAAUUGAGAGUGUUUUAAUAUAUUAACUGUGUUUGUUUUACUGUGGACCAAACUCUAGGAGUUAGGAGAAGCUGAAAGCUCCCCCAGCAUCUGAGUUCAAAAACUGGGGUUCAGUCCUACCCCUGCAUAGGCUGGCCUCCAGCUGUAAGCAGGGAAGAGAAAAAGGCUCUGUCCAGGGAGGAAAAAAAAAAAAAACCAGCAAAACCAGUAAAAAUAACAAAAAUCCUAAUAUUUUGUUUUGUUUGACUGGUGUAGGUUCCCAUGUACCUCUGUGUUGUGUCAUCUGCAUUUCAUUGCUUUACUUUAAGAUGUUUUGUGUUCUGUUUAAAGACAAGAAAAACUCAUUGUGAAUAAUUGGAUAACUGUGAUCGUGAAUAAAGUUGAUUUAGAUAUCCUGCAGCA